CACGAAUGUCACAUGCCAAUUUGCAGUUACUUUGGCAUAUUUCCAAGACUGCAGAAGGUCUCAGGUUGAUGAUCCCUGCAAAAAUCAUGUCAACUUCACACGUGCUCAUUUUUGCACAAGCCUCUUUGGCCUUCUUUACUUUUCUCUCGUGCCUGUAGGAGGUGCCAGCGCACUGCAGCAAGCAAGUCGAACAGAGUUCUUAACAUUUUUAGAUGUGCAGACAUGUGUCUGACAGGUGGGAGGGGUUGCUAGUCGUGUGUGGGGUCUCCUGUCUUGUGUGCUAGUCGUCUGACUUGCAAGGUUCAUGUUUGUGGUCCACUUGUAGACGUGUUUGCUAGCACGUUUGUGGUGCUUGCUGUCUGCGGUUCACGUUGCGCACUUGCGUCUUGUAUGUGCUGCACUAAAGUAGACUCACCUUACCAUCGCUGCAGAGCAGUUGCCCAGCCCGUAGGCUCUUGUGGGUCUUGCUCCCCCGUGGCACGUAGUAUCAGUUUGCAUGCUGUCAUGUGCGGCGUUUAACUCAAAGUCAAAAUUCGGAGGAAGGAGGGUGCAAAGAAUUCUUAAAGAGAAUUCUUAGCUUUGGCUUUACACUUGUUUGCGCCACUGCAACAACUCAAGCACUUCGGCUCGCCUGUGCUUGCUACCGACUUUGAGCUUGGACUCGAUGGAUUUAAUUUUCCAAUUGGAACAGAGGCCAUCGCUGGUAGGUUGAAGGCCAUUGCUAGUAGGGUGGAGGCCAUCGCCAGUAGGUUGAAGGCCAUUGCUAGUAGGGUGGAGGCCAUCGCCAGUAGGUUGAAGGCCAUUGCUAGUAGGGUGGAGGCCAUCGCUAGUAGGCGUGCAGGCCAUUGCUGGUAGGGUGGAGGCCAUUGCUGGUACGGUGGAGGCCAUUUCUGAGUGGGGGAAGAUUUGAAUCGGAAAGGUGGGCCUUGCAGCUGGAUUUUGGCUCAAAGAGCCAAGAGCUCACAGGGCUCAUCCGAGUUCAUCGAGCUCAUCGAAGUUUCAAUCUUUGUCAUUAAUCUUCUUGGAGUACAUCUAUUUCCCAUGCGAUAUGGACAGCGCUGAGGGUGAGGGUCAAGAUGAGACCCGGUCCGGAAGUACAUCGACAUCUUCUGGCACCAGACUAGCACGGCAGGUCAACGCUUUCCUGAGAACAGAUUCAGAGUUUGUGGGGGAUAGCCGCAGUGAGGGGACAGAGAGUCUACCAGAUGGAAAAGCCACAGCUUCAGAGACGCGACGGAGCUACAACAAAGGCCAUGACGAGGACGCUUGUUCACCUUGCGUCUUCUUUCCCACUCCUCGUGGCUGUGUUCGCGGAGAGGAAUGCGCAUAUUGCCACCUCUCGCACGACUUGGUCAGGGUCCGGGGCGAUCACAGUCUCCAGUUUCGGAACAAGACGCGCAAGAAGAUCAACGAGCGGAUUCAGAAGCUGUUCGAGAGCCCGAACCUAGAUGAUCGGCAAGGGGCCAUCAAUUCCGAAGCCCGUCGACAUCCCUAUGCUCGACGGGUCAUAGGGAACUACGUGCGGCAAGACACUCGAUUGAAUCGUUUUCAGUAGAGCGGCAAGUGCUGCACAAAAGUCAAAGUGUUCUAAUCUUGGAGACUCGCACUCCAGCAGAGUUUCAGGCUUGCCAUGAUUACAGUUCAUGGAAGCCUUAAUUUUGCGUUUCAUCAGUCUAAUCUGUCCAAUCUUGAGCUUGUGCUCGCACGAUGGUAGCGCUCGAAUUGCUGCGCUCCACACAGGCUUACGUUCCUUUUUAAGGCCCGUCAAGACUUGACGGCCUAAUAGAUGUUUCACCGAAGUUCCGCCUCCUCAACAGAUCGCAUUGCCAACAGAUCGC